CAUUUUUUCCUGGUUUCUGGUAGAUUUAUAAUCGCUAUUACUACAUUAGCUAGUAUUUUUAUUUUAUAUUGCAGUUUUAAGCACAUUUCAUUAUAGAUUCUAAAUAAAGUAACCAUUUUAAAAUAAACAUAAAUGAUAAAGCUAAAAAAAUCUAUGAUUUUCUUAAAUUCUUUUAUUCCUAUUAGUUUUAGUCGUUAGUUAUCUAUAGCACAAUUUAGAGAGUAUCAUGUAACUAAAACAAACAUGGCUUCCGAGGUUCAGAAUUUGGAUGAAAAUGAAAAGAAAAUUGUAAAUGAGUUCUGUCAUCACCUGGAAAAAUCAAAACAACUUUUCAAUGGCUUAAGAGAUUUACCACAGUAUGGUCACAAGCAAUGGCAGUCUUACUUUGGUCGCACUUUUGAUGUUUACACAAAGUUAUGGAAGUUCCAGCAACAGCACAGGGCCAUUUUGGAUUCCAAAUAUGGUUUAAAGCGUUGGCAGAUUGGAGAGAUAGCUUCUAAAAUUGGUCAGCUGUAUUAUCACUACUAUUUACGAACCAGUGAAACUAAUUACUUAAAUGAAUCUUUCUCAUUUUACUCAGCCAUACGAAUGAGAGCUUACUAUUCCAAAGCUAGCAAAGAGGAAAGGCCAGAUCUGAUGGUGAAGAAGCUUCGCUACUACGCAAGGUUUAUAGUAGUGUGCCUGUUGUUGAAGAAGAUGAAACUAGUCAGAGAUUUAGUGCGGGAACUAGCUAAACAGAUAGAUGACUACACGGGUACAUAUGAACCUGAGGAUCAGAUGGAGUGGAAUCUAGUGCUGGGUGAAAUAAAAGCUUUCAUUGAGGCUGACAAUCUCAUCAAUGUAGUGGAUGUAGACUCAUCAUCCAUAGUUCUGUCUCAUCGCCUGACACCUCUGAACACACCCCCUUUGGAGAAGGGGACACCCGUGUAUCUUACCUUACAGGAAGUACUUAUAGUAGGAAACUGUCAUGAGCAGGUCAAAUUCAGUGAGUUAACAUUGGAUAUGUUCAGGAUGUUACAGUCAUUAGAGAGGGAGCCUCAGGAUGAUCUGUCCAACCAGAUUUAUGACAACUCCCCAGCUCCUGGUAGAACACCUUUUGAGAAUGGUGACCGCACCAACAAACGAGAUAACCCACACAAGUACCUUCUGUACAAGCCCACUUAUGGGCAGCUCAACACAUUCCUGGCAUCAGCGUUCAAGGAACUGCCACCCAACGGUGCCAUGGUCUUGUAUAUAUCUGCAGAUGGUUGCCCAGGCAACCAGAAGCACACAGAUGAUGCUGCCUAUGAUCUUGGAGGUGUGAUCACUAACAGUAGGAAAGAGGGCGAGAGCCAGCCUAAAGGCAAGAAAGGAGAGUUCUACAAGGAAAUGCAUUGUUUGCAUCCAGGAGACUUGUAUCCCUACACAAGGAAGCCAUUAUUUUUAAUUAUAGACAGCAGCAACAGCUCAGCAUUUCAGAAUUUCCCCAACCUGUUUGGCCAGCCUUUAGUCUGUCUGCUCUCCCCUGAGCAAGUGCCAGUUACAAUGCAAGAUCAACAGCUGAAGGGUAACUUGUUUACACUGUUUCUCCACUGUCCACUCAUGGCCAUGUGCUGUGUCUGCAACAUUGGAAACAUUCCUGUCACUCUGUGGGACAAGUGCCAGACUCAGGUGGACAAGUUUGUGGCGGAUGCCUCCAAGUUGUUCAGCAGAGCCAGAAAGCUAGACCAUGCCUAUGUUCAGUUUCUUGGAGAUGAUUUCUUGCGUCUGCUGUUACUUAGAUUUGUUUUCUGCUAUAUUGUCCUCAUUUUACACAGAGGCUUUAAAGGGCCUAGCUACUAUCCCGCUUCACAUCCUGCAUUGCCGACAGAUGAAAUCUUGGAGCACCCGACGCUGUACAAACUUGUCCUCGACCUUGCCACCAUGCUAGAGGUGCGAAGCUUGUUUGCAGAGCCCGGGGAUGUGGAUAUAUCAGCAUGAGUGCACAGGAAAAACUGUUCCUUGUAAUUUUGUGUACUUUUUUUUUUAUAUUCCGAACAUGAAUAGAAAUAGAAAAAGAAGAAAAUGUGUCAAGAGAAAAGGCACUGAGUAUACUCCAGUACAGGAACUAACCAAACAUUGAAUUUAUCCGUAAAGAUAUAUUGUUUCUCCUCUUCGUUGUGAUCACAUUAUUGUAUUGAGCGGAAUGUGUGUAGAGAAUGCAAUUGUCUUGUCCAGUUUCAUUCAGCCAUGUCAAUUAUUUAUUGUUCAUCCAGAAUGAGAUUUCCUUCCACUAGACAUUGUAAAGAUAUUAUUUUAUUCUGUUUAUUAUUUAGACCAGUGGUUCCCAAACUUUUUUCCCCUACGGAACACUUUGCACAGCCUGAGUAUUUAGUGGAUCACUUUGCUUAUUUUUUUUUAGCAGAGAUUACUUUGUGUGGUGGUCUACUAGUUAGUUAUUCCAGUAGUUUGUGGAACACCUAUUCAGACCUUGUGUUCGUGGAACACAGUUUGGGAAACGCUGAUUUAGAGAUUGAUCGGAAUGAGGGUAAGAGGGGAGAGUUGAUCAUGUGUGUUAAAAAGACAAAAACCUGGUCUGCCAUUCAUUAUACUGUUGUAGGACUUGUUUUCUAAAUAGUAUUUAUAACAUUUGUUGGUACUUUGCAUAUCCAGUGGGUCAAGAAGUGGACACAUAUCUUGUACUUUUUUGCAAGCUAAUAGUACCAUAUUCUAUUGAAUCUAAGCCAUGGCUGAAUCUUAGCGUCACCUUAUAUUUUGGGGGGAAAACAAAGGUCUCAGCAGCAGAUAUUCCAUCCCAUGUUAGCACACAAUAAUAAUGAUGAUAAUAAUAAUCUUUAUUAUCCGUGAGGAAAUGUGUUUUACAAUUGUGCAUUUAAAAAAACAAUACAUGAUUAGAGCCAGCAUUUGUACAAUAGCACACAAGAUAUACAUUCAUACCCCAGUUUUUCUUUAACAUUACUUGCGAAAUACCUUUGUCAUCAUCAUCAUGGUACCCAUUCACCCUUAUAUUGUACAUUAUGUCUAAACCUAACGGAACUACAAAGUCCAAGUGGCAAGAGAUAGUUUUGUCAAAAAAAGUAUGCAGCAGAGAAGCAGAGCACUGACUUCAAACCAUCUUCCUCUAGUCAUAAAGAUGAUGCAUACCUAGUCAUUGUUAAUUUAGCUUCUUUUCUAUCUAAAAAUUGUCUAAGUGUUAUUUUGAAAUCUUAUUAGUAAAUAUGUUCUUUUCUUAAACAAGUGGCUGUGACUUGUCAGUUAAUUUACAAGUUUUUAGUUUGCCAGCACUAGCUGUGAGCAAAAUGUAAACCACCUGCCAACUUCAGGCUCUACAAAAAUAAAAAAAAGGAUGCGGCUUAGAUUUGAUAGAAUAUGGUAAUUUGUUACAACAUUCCUCCAUCAUAUUUUGUUGAACACAAAAGCCAGUUUAACAAGUAUAAAUAGAAACUUUGUUAACAGCUCCGCUGUUGAAUAGAUGGAACAUUCCUCAUUUUGACUUAGACUUAUAUAUUAAGGUUAUAGUGUUUUGUUCUCUUCCAUAAAAGCAUCAAAUUGGGAUUCAUUGUCAAUUUCUUUAAAAAAGAAGUAAUUUUUUUUACCAACAGACCAGUGGACUUACCUUUUUUAGUUUGCUGAGUGUGAUAUCACAUUUUUUGUUGUUUUACUUUGAGCUAGACUUUGUUUCUGUCACAAAAAAGAAUUAUACUUUAUUAACUAAAUUCUUAAUGCUUAAAUUUUAAAUAAAUGGUUAAAAUGGAUUAUAAUACCUAAAUUUUAAUUUGUGUAGCUUUUAACCCUUGGCCUACAUUAAAUGAAAAGAGGAAAUAUUAAGAGCAGGACAUGGUAUAAAUUGUGCCAUUCUUGUUUUAACUAUAAUUAUAUAAUUAUUGGUUUUUAGACUUUAAAGAAUGAAAAAUAAUAAAAUCUAUUUUUAACAAUACAGACCAAUUUUUUUUAGAUUUUUAUAUGGUGAGAUUCAUAUCUGUGAGUCAUAAUUUAAAACAUGUUCAAGAAGGAUUUAGUUGACCAGCUCUCUACUUAAAGAAGAAUUUAUUAGAUUUAAACUUUUUAAAUACACAGUAUACAUGUACAUUUUCACCAAAUAUAUAUCACUUAAUAUUGUAAUAAUGGUAGUAUAAUUUGUGUAGAACCAUUAUAUAGAUUACAUUUCAGAAAUCAGAACAAGUGAAUACCAAAUCUGAAAAUGCUUAGUUUUAUUCUGGAUGUUAAAUGUUAACUUCUUAUAUGGUUUACUAUGAGUAAAAAAAAAAAGCAUACAUUUAGAACUGGAUUGACCCUGAAUAAAGAACUACUAUCAUUGAAAGUAUUGUAUUGUCUAUAAUUUAGCAUUCCAAAUUUAGGCAGAAUAGCUAAUCGACAAACCUGUUGAAUUGGUCGUACCAGAGUAUUAAUUAAACUAACUUGCAGAAAAGUAAAUUUAAUAUUUUUUAAAUGAAAUUCUCUUUUAAAAAGAGUUGCUUGGAAUGGUUAGCAUAUACUAUACAACACUGAAACAACAGAUGAUUUUAUUUCGAUUUUUUCUCAUUAAUGCCUUAACGAAAUUAAGAUUUAUAACUUUUUAAAAAAUAUGUACUUUACAAACAGGUAGAAUUAUAGUUCUUAUGUUUAGAAACUUCUUACAUUUUAACAGCUAGGACCUAGGACAACCUUAUGUCAGACACAUUGACAUUUGACAAUGUCAUUACAUUUUGUUUUUGACUAAGUCGAUUUGGAUUUGUGGUGUUACUGUGUUAGAAAUAUUUUAAAUUUGAGAUAGUUGAAUGAAUGUAUUUUUUUUUAAAUGUGCUGUGACCCAAAGACUGACAGAUUUAUUAAAUUCUGUUCACAAAUCAGACAAGUUUUUUUUUUUUUUUAUUUAAAGAUUUGUAAACGUCGACAUUUUGUUUUUAUGGUAAGCUUGAUGUAUUUUAAAAAGCUCAUUUAUAAAUACAUAUAAAUAUAUUUCACAUUUUGUUGUUUACUUGUUGUUAAGACAUUGCUUGGAAACAUGAAGUGUUUAUUUUGUUUUAAGCCAGUAUUGAUGAAUCCAAUUUUUUUUUAUAUUUGAUUUUUAUUGUUUUGUUACUUUUUAAAACAAAUUUAGUUGUACACAUUUUGUUUUAGAAAUGGGUAAUUUUUGUUGUUGUUUAUGUUGUUCUUUAUAAAACGUCAAUCUAUAUUUAUUUAUUUCAUCGAUAGAGUUUUAAAGCAAUAAGUUUGGUUCGAUACAGUGAUAAUGUUUAUGGUAGGGUACACCUUUAUAUUUUACACCAUAGCGGGUACAUAAGAUUUUCUUUAUACGGAUUUCUCAAUUUAAAAAGACUGUCUCAGUGAGGGGGUGUGGAGGUUAAGUAGUAAAAUGUUUGGCUUCUUUAUCGAGAGGUCUCUUAUUUAAAUCCUGGUUAGUAUGCCCCGGAGUCCUCCCAACUCAUUAGGAAAAUAAAGGCGGUCGUUGUGCUGGCCACAUUCACGCUAUUAAUAAUUAACAAAAAUGAAAACUGGUAUGUCAGAAUCUCCUAAAGUAUUUCAAGACAAUUUGAUCAAUAACUAUUUGUAUUCUUAUGAAGCUGAAAUACUUUAAAUGUAGUAUCCAAAUAUUAUUUUAUAUACUUUCUUGAUAUUGUGUUGACAGGGCAAAUGAUCUUGCCAUGAACAGUGUGAACCCUAUUGUUCUAAACAAUCUCUAGCAUAAUACUUUCUUUUCAAAUUCAAAGUGAUAUGAUUAUUUAUAUUCAUUUAUUUUUUUUUUUUUUUUAAUUCUUUCAUUUAUAGUUAUAAAAAAAAAUAUUUUAUAAUUUGUAAUAUCCAGGUAUAUAUUCUCAUAUGCUAUAUGAACAAUUAUAAUUUUUUUUUUUUACAAAACUUUUUUUUGUUUUGAAUCAACUUUUCUAAAAAUACAUAUAUAUUAUUUCCAGUUUUUAACAUUUGUUGCUUCUUCAUCAUUAUUAAAAAAUAUUUUUUUUUUAGUUUUAAGGACAGUUCAUGUGUAAUUGUACACCACUCUGCCAUCUCAAAUUGCUGCAGUUAAUACCUGUUUGCCUGUUGGAAGUAUGGGCCAACCACAAAAAUACAUUGCCAUCUUAUAUUUGAACCUUUCUAUUUAUAAUUUGCCUUCCAAUAUCACUGCCAAAUUUUUCAGUCAAGACUUAUUUAAUAACCAUAUUAAACUGAUGCUAAUUUUAAUGUUGUGCAAAUUUUAUAUUUAUUCUUAUUAUAUACAAAACUGAUGAAUCAAACUUAAUUUUUUUUUCCCUUCACUCUGAAAUCGUUUUUUUUGUUUACACAACAAAAUUCUAAAUAUUUUCUGUCAAUUUGGCUCACACUCAACAUUACAAAUAAACAAAUGUAUUUAAUGAAUUAAAAGUUAACUAACACAAAGUAAGAAAUGAAUAUAUAUUCUAGAAGAAAAGUUGUAUGUAAACUAAUUACACUUUUUUUUUAUAAUCAAUAAAUUUUUUAUCUUCAAAAAUGAAAGUAUUCUUAUUUUAAUAUUCUUUAAGACUGGUAGCACAAUUUUAUAUUGAUUUGUUUUGCGAAUUAUUGGUGAAGUGCAAUUCUUUUUUUUUUCUGUAUUUGUAUUUUAAUUUUACUUUCAAACACCUUUUUUAUUUUUAGCUUGAAAAAAUGGGAUUAUUAAUUAAUUAUUUUUUUAAAAGCUUUUAGCUAACUAUAAUUUGUAUGUAAAGAAAGUGACACUGACAUAGUGAUAUAAUUUCUUACACCUGCAAACACAAAAGUUACUGAAUCCAAAAUCUACUUAAACCAAAUUAUCGAAAUUUUGUAUGCCCUUUGUCUCAGUUUUGUGAUGUUGAUGUUUUGAAAUCCAAAUCCAUUCCUUAUUAUUUAUUGCAUGAGUGAAGAGAGAAUGAAUAUUCAUCCCCAUUUCUACCACUUUCAUCAUCUUAAAAUUAUCUGUGUGUGAAGUUGUUUUUUAAAUUUUUUUAUUCCUCUAUAAAAUCUCUAAGUCAUAAGUAAAUUUUCAACUUUGUACUUUUCUAUUGAUAGUAUUUAUUUUUCUUGUGCUAUUUAUUAAAAAAAAAUAAAUUAUUAUUUACGUACGUAAUAGUGUGGAACUUGACAUUUGCUUGUACAGGUACAUAGUUAUUUAUUUUGUUACUAGUUGGCUAUCUGGAAUAAUAUGAUGAAAGGUGUUUAGAAAAAGAAAAUAUGAGCACUUGUGUAGGAUCAAAAUUUUGAAUUUUGAAAAUUUUAUAUUUUUUUCAUUGUUGUGAAAAUCCUGAUUUAAACUCUUGAAGCCUAGUCAUUCCUUAUAAAGUUUUCAAACAUUCUGUUUAAAAACAAAAUGGGGUGAGGGGGAGGUUAGGCCAAAAUGUUAACAAAAUUAGUUUAGAUCUUUUGUAAAUAUGGUGUACUAAUGUUGUUCCAGAAUAAUUUUGUUUAAUGUAAAUUUUUUUUUCCUAAGUAGUUUUUUUUUUUUUCUUUUUUUUUUUUUUACAAAUAAUGUUGUUACAUUUUUCUUUGUACUUUUGUAUGCUUAACUAUUUACAUAUAUAAAAAAGAAAAAAAUGGUUAAUAAAAAGUGUCCAUCCCG